ACUGAGCGAGCCGCUCUCCGUAACUGCACUCGAGCACAGAACGAGGAAAGUGUACGCGGGUAAAAAAAAAGACUGCCAAAAAGCGUUAUUUUAAGUGACGUGGACCAAAUAAGACCCUGUUUGGAAUGUAAUGUGGAUUAUUACGCGUUGGGAUAUUUUUUACGAAAACCGAGAAAAAAAUGUUUCCUGUUGGCGUUGUAUAAUCUUCAGUUUCAAAAACACUCCUCGAAUGUGUGCUGCCUUCCCAGUAGGCUACGCCGCAGUGUGACCUAGUGUGCAGUAGACAGGCCGGAUAAACCGUGAGGACUACAUUACCCACAAGGCAUCAUGAAGACUGUGCUGCUUUCCCAAAAUAUCAAAAGAGUCUGGAUGGUCGAGAAAGUGUGUUAAAUCUGGGGAGAUACCCGAAGGAAAACAGCACCUGAGCAGGCACGCACCACCGCAUCCACUGGUCUUCUCAAGUUUAUUCAUUCCAGGAAACAAAGAAAGAGAACCUUUGAGAGAUUUGAAUUGUUGUGCAAUGUAAUUGGCCUUACGACUGUUACUUAAGACUGUUCUCCCUCUUAAUACCCUCUCCUCUUUUAGGAUAUUCUUUUUGUGUCUCUGCGUUGACGAUCUCACCUCUUCUACUGCUAUCUCUGGGUAUACUGUGGGAUGUACUUUGGAUAUACGGACCUUUGAACCAAAGCAAAUUCAAUGAUUUCCUCCUGUUCAGGAUUAUAACCCCGAUCUCCAGCACUUUGAAAAUGAAUUUCAUCAGAUUCCCAGUCCAGUUGCAGCUGCUGAUGAGUACUGUGCUUGGGUUCUGUUCGGGCGUGGAGUUUACAGGGUCGCAGGGCCAGUGGGCGCGCUAUCUCCGCUGGGACGCCAGCACCAGAAGUGACCUCAGCUUCCAGUUCAAAACAGACGUGUCCACUGCCUUAAUCCUGUACUUUGACGAUGGCGGCUACUGCGACUUCCUGCAACUCAUGGUGGUUGAAGGGAAGCUCCAGUUGCAGUUUAGCAUCGACUGCGCCGAGUCCACUGUCGUAUCGGACAAGCGAGUCAAUGACAGCAGCUGGCAUUCCGCCACCUUGAGCAGGUACAACCUGAGAACUGUUCUGGGGCUGGACGGAGCGAGCAAAUCGGCUGAGGUGCGGCCUCAGAGGCAGUACAUGAAGAUCGUAAGCGAUCUCUUCCUGGGUGGAGUCCCUCAAGAUAUUCGCAUUUCUGCGCUCACUCUCCCGACAGUGAAGGAUCUUCCGCCAUUUAAGGGAAUUAUCAGGGAACUGAGGUACAGUAACAAGGAACCUACUCUGCUAAGCAGCCAAUUGGUCCGCAUGGACAUAGAGGGAAUCUGCAUGGAGAACCUGUGCGAGAACGGCGGGACGUGCUCCAUUGUCGAUGGGGAACCGAUUUGUGAUUGUUCUAAGACGGAAUAUGUUGGCCGAUUCUGCAACGAAGAGGCCAACAGCAUCCCAGGUUUCGCACACAUGAUGAUGGCAGAUCAAGCCAAGGGAAAAGCACGAGAAGAGAAUGUGGCUACGUUCCGAGGCUCUGAAUACUUCUGCUAUGACUUAUCUCAGAACCCCAUCCAAAGCAGCAGCGAUGAGAUCACGUUGUCCUUCAAGACCUGGCAAAGAAAUGGUCUCAUCCUCCACACCGGCAAGUCCGCCGAUUACGUCAACCUGGCUCUGAAAGACGGGGCCGUUUCGUUGGUCAUCAACCUGGGUUCCGGAGCUUUCGAAGCUAUCGUCGAACCCGUCAAUGGAAAAUUCAACGACAACACCUGGCACGACGUUAAAGUCACACGCAACCUCAGACAGGUAACCAUAUCUGUGGACGGCAUCUUAACCACAACAGGCUACACCCAGGAGGACUACACCAUGCUCGGCUCGGAUGAUUUUUUCUACGUCGGAGGAAGUCCAAGUACAGCGGAUUUGCCAGGGUCCCCUGUUAGCAACAACUUCAUGGGCUGCCUGAAGGAGGUUAUUUACAAAAACAAUGACAUCAGGCUGGAAUUAUCCCGCCUCGCACGAAUCGUGGACCCCAAAAUGAAGAUCCAGGGAGAUGUGGUGUUCAAGUGCGAGAACGUGGCCACCCUGGACCCCAUUUCCUUCGAGACGCCCGAGGCCUACAUCAGCCUACCCAAGUGGAACACUAAGCGCAUGGGCUCCAUCUCCUUCGACUUCCGCACUACUGAACCAAACGGACUUAUUCUUUUCACCCAUGGGAAACAGCAGGAGAGGAAGGACGCUCGCAGCCAGAAGAACACAAAAGUGGACUUUUUUGCGGUGGAGCUUCUGGAUGGAAGUUUGUACCUGCUGCUGGAUAUGGGCUCGGGGACCAUCAAAGUAAAAGCCACGCAGAACAAAGUGAACGACGGGGCCUGGUACCAUGUGGACAUCCAGCGAGAUGGAAGAUCAGGCACCAUAUCCGUCAACAGCCGUCGCUCCCCGUUCACUGCCAGCGGCGAGAACGAGAUCUUGGACCUGGAGGGGGACAUGUACCUCGGCGGUCUCCCCGACAGUCGAGCCGGACUGAUUCUCCCCACCGAGCUGUGGACCGCCAUGCUGAACUACGGGUAUGUGGGCUGCAUCCGGGACCUGUUCAUCGACGGCCGCAGUAAAGACAUCAGGCAGAUCGCCGAGGCCCAGAACGGAGCGGGAAUCAAGCCUUCCUGCAACAAGAUGACAGGAAAGCAGUGCGACAGCUAUCCGUGCAAAAACAAAGGCAUGUGCAAGGAGGGAUGGAACCGGUUCAUCUGUGACUGUACGGGCACCGGCUACUGGUCACGUACCUGCGAGAGGGAGGCGUCCAUCCUGAGCUAUGACGGUAGCAUGUACAUGAAGGUGGUGAUGCCCUCUGUGAUGCACACUGAAGCGGAAGACGUGUCCCUGCGCUUCAUGUCUCAGCGGGCGUACGGCCUGCUCAUGGCCACCACCUCCCGCGACUCCGCCGACACUCUUCGGCUGGAGCUGGACGGAAGUCGCGUCAAACUCACGGUCAACUUAGACUGUAUCAGGAUAAACUGUAACUCCAGCAAAGGACCAGAGACACUGUAUGCCGGACAAAAACUCAAUGAUAAUGAGUGGCAUACUGUGCGCGUCAUCCGGAGGGGCAAAAGCUACAAGCUAACGGUUGACGAUGACGUAGCAGAAGGUCAGAUGGUGGGCGACCACACCCGAUUAGAGUUCCACAACAUCGAGACGGGCGUGAUGACGGAGCGCCGUUUCGUCUCCAUGAUCCCCUCCAGCUUCAUCGGUCACCUGCAGAGCCUCAAGUUUAACGGCAUGCUCUACAUCGACCUGUGCAAGAACGGCGACAUCGAUUAUUGCGAGCUCAACGCACGCUUCGGCAUGCGUUCCAUCAUCGCAGACCCCGUGACGUUCAAAACCAAGAGCAGUUACCUGAGCCUGGCGACCCUGCAGGCCUACGCGUCCAUGCACCUGUUCUUUCAGUUCAAGACCACCUCUCCGGACGGAUUCAUUCUGUUUAACAGCGGGGAUGGGAGCGAUUUCAUCGCUGUAGAGCUGGUCAAAGGGUACAUACAUUACGUGUUUGACCUCGGAAACGGUCCCAAUGUCAUCAAGGGCAACAGUGAAAGGGCUCUUCAUGACAACCAGUGGCACAAUGUCGUCAUCACUAGAGACAACAGUAAUGUCCACACAUUGAAAGUUGAUGCCAAGGCGGUGAGCCAGGUCGUCAACGGCGCUAAAAACCUGGACCUAAAAGGUGACCUCUACAUCGCUGGACUGGGGCCCAACAUGUACAACAACCUGCCGAAACUCGUAGCCUCCCGGGACGGCUUCAAGGGUUGUCUGGCAUCCGUGGAUCUGAACGGUCGCCUGCCCGACCUCAUAAACGACGCCCUAUUCCGCAGCGGUCAGAUCGAGCGAGGAUGUGAAGCAUCCAAAAGUGAACUUGGUUUCACCAAAGCAGAUCUACAAGGUCCUAGCACUACAUGUCAAGAAGAUUCUUGUGGCAACAUGGGGAUCUGCAUCCAGCAGUGGGAGAACUACACCUGCGACUGCUCAAUGACCUCCUUCACAGGAACGCAGUGUAAUGACCCCGGAACAACGUACAUCUUUGGAAAAGGAGGGGGCCUCAUUACCUUUAACUGGCCGGCCAACGAGCGCCCGAGCACUCGUACAGACAGGCUGACUUUGGGCUUCAGCACCUCCAUCAAGGAUGGUGUCCUCAUCCGCAUUGACAGCGCCCCAGGCCUGGGAGACUACCUCAUGCUCCACAUUGAGCAAGGCAAAAUUGGAGUCAUAUUCAACAUCGGAACGGUUGACAUCAUCGUGCAGGAGAGCAGUAUGGCAGUAAAUGACGGCAAGUACCAUGUAGUGCGCUUCACCAGAAAUGGGGGCAAUGCCACACUUCAGGUGGACAACUGGGCCAUCAACGAGCACUUCCCCUCAGGUAACAGCGAUAAUGAGAGAAUACAAAUGGCAAAUAAGAAAAUUCCUUUCAAAUAUGCCCGGCCCGUAGAGGAGUGGCUUCAGGAGAAAGGGCGGCAGCUAACGAUAUUCAACACCCAGGCUACGAUAAGAAUCGGUGGUGCGGAUCGCAAGCGUCCGUUCCAGGGCCAGCUCUCGGGUUUCUACUACAACGGCCUGAAAGUGCUCAACAUGGCAGCUCAGGGCAACCCCAACAUCAGAAUCAACGGAAGCGUGCGCCUGGUGGGAGAGGUUCCCUCGGCAGGUUCGGCCCGAACCACGGCCCUGCCCCCAGAGAUGUCCACCACCUUUAUCGAGACCACCACUACCAUGUCCACGACCACCACGAGAAAACACCGCACUCCACCCACAAUACAGACCACAGAUGAAAUGGUCUCAUCGGCGGAAUGUUCCAGUGACGAUGAGGACUUUGCUGAGUGCGAAGGACACGCAGGUGGGCUAGGAGGUGAAUUAGUUAUCCCAGUACUUGUAAAGGACCCCUUAGAGCUCCCUUCCGUAGCCACUCGUACACCCUCCAUACCCUUUCCCCCAACCCUCCGUCCCCACCUCACCAUUAUUGAGACCACCAAAGAGUCCCUGUCCAUGGCCACUGAGGCGGGGGUACCUUGCUUGUCGGACCGAGGCAGCGAUGAUUGUGAUGAUGAUGAUGAUGAUGAUGAUGAUGGCUUGGUGAUAUCUGGGUAUGGCUCUGGGGAAGCAUACGACUCUAACCUGCCCCCUACCGAUGACGAAGAUUUUUACACCACCUUCUCCUUGGUAACAGAUAAGACCUUGUCUUCGUCGGCCUUUGAAGGUGGCUACAAAGCUCACGCGCCUAAGUGGGGAUCCAAGGACUUUAGACCUAACAAAGUCUCCGAUUCUGGUAGGACAUCCACUACCACGUCUUUUUCCCCCAAGCUGAGCCGCUCCACUUCCACGCCACCCAAACCGCCUGCGGGCAAAAUGAAUCACAGGGAGCUAAAGCCCCAGCCCGACAUAGUCUUGCUUCCAUUGCCCACUUCCUAUGAGGUAGACAACACAAAGCUGAAGAGCCCAUUAAUAACAUCCCCCAUGUUCCGUAAUGUACCCACAGCAAUCCCGACGGAGCCGGGCAUCAGGCGGGUUCCGGGGGCCUCCGAGGUGGUCCGUGAAUCUAGCAGCACCACCGGAAUGGUCGUCGGGAUAGUGGCUGCUGCCGCUUUAUGCAUCCUAAUUCUCCUGUACGCCAUGUAUAAGUACAGAAACAGGGACGAGGGAUCCUACCAAGUAGACGAGACAAGGAAUUACAUAACCAACUCGGCACAGAGCAAUGGAGCAGUCAUGAAGGACAAGCAGCAGAGUUUAAAAGGCGGCAACAAGAAGCAGAAAAACAAGGACAAGGAGUACUACGUGUGAGCGCGAGCGUGUCCCAAGCAGAGAGAGACCAACAGACACGUACACAGAGAACAUUGAACUAUUGCUAGCUGCGCCGAGAGGAGGCCACAGACGCCUGGCGCUGUGCUGAGACUGCGGUAAACUCUCACACGAACUGUACCAUAAAGCACACUUACUACCAAGAAGAUAAAUAGCGACAUUAGUGACCUUACUCUUCUAUCCGGUCGGAGACGUUAUCCGUGUAGAAUAUUCCACAGCGACAUCAUAAUCCUAAGUGACUUUUAGAGGUACGUGAUCCUUGGAGUAAAUAUUGUUUCUUUGGUUUCUCUUUCUUUUUUAUUUGGUCAUUUUGUAAAAAGAAGAGAAAGCUAUAUCGGCCGUAUUGAGCAUGUAAGAGACAGACAAGUGGGGCCGAAAAAAUGUUUGUCAUGAGCGAAAAAGGACUCCUGCCAACAAAAACACAUAUAUAUAAAUAUAAAUAUAAAUAUAUAUAUGUAUAUAUAUAUAUAUAUAUAUAUAUGAGAGAGAGAGAUUUGUAUUGUUUAUACAUAACAUGUGGUGUCUUAUGAUUCUUGCUCUCUGCAAAAUGAAAAAAGAAACUGUCAUAUCUGCUAAAGUGACAGGUCGCUAAGACUCUGCCAGCACAGCACUGUUAUGAUUUACAAUCAAAAAUGAUCGUUUGAAUUGUACAACCAACUGUAAUAAUGUGCGAGUUGCCAGAAAGAAGUUACCAUGUCUCAGUAAAGCGACUGAUUGUAGUGCAUGCCAUCCCUUGCUUUCAUGUUCAACGAAAAAUGCUUGAACACGUCCACCUGGUUAAUCCCAUCAUAAGAUAGACCUCUCUCGUCCCUUACGGCGCCAACGUGGGGGACAACGUUCCUGAAUUUCCUACUUUUCGUUGCAGCAAGUCGAUGAUUGGGACUUUUUCAAUCGUAUGUAUGUUGGUCCAUAUGCUCUCGUCUCUUUUUUAUAAAGCUGUCUGGUGCAGACUGGCGCAGUGCUCUAAUACUGUUAAAGGAUGUCUAUACGAAAAUAAAUUUAAUGUGAAAAGUGUGAAGAAUUCUACUAUCUGUUGUCACAGUCGACUGUGUCAAACGACAAAUUUGUUUACAUAUUUUAUUACAUGAUAGCGGUUGUACUUUGUAGGUAGAUGAUGUACAUACAAACCUAAGUUGUAUUUUUUUGAGUAAUUCUACUGUACAGAGAGAUCAUUUGAUUUAUCAGUGUACUUCAUGAAGAAAAUCAGACGCUGUCUGUUCAUGUGAACGAGCGAAAAAUAUACAGACGUUUUGUAAGGAAAAGCAGAGAAUAUUGUUAGAUUAGAGGUCUAAUCUUUCUCGCAGAUGUUUCUAAAUCGCAUGGAUAUUUGACUACUUGAAGCUGUCAAUCAAAUACAAGACACACUUCUUAAUUGUAUCGGUUGUUUUAUUUAUAGAAGAAUCAAAGAGAUAUGUAAUAAAGACAGACGAACAUGGACACACACAUGCAGCUCACGUAAUUUACGCUGUGUGAUUCUCUUACCUUGAUGUCUUAAUUCAAGUGGCCUGGACUGCAGUAAACCUGUUGCAUCAAUGCACUUUUUACAUUUCAGUUCCUUAUCAUGUAUGUAUAAUUUUUUGUUGCCAUUUUAUAUAUUUGUUGAUCAGUGUACCCAUACCUAUAAUGUGGAGAUGUGGCCAUGUUUUUGUUUUUUUAUUGUUUUCUAUUCAACUUCAUGUGCAUUUUUUUAAUUUUCAUUUAUGACAUCUUAGUCAUGCAGCUUCGCUUCAAAAAAAAAACAUUGAUGAAGGUCUAUAAUAAAACAUUCCAUGAUGGAGGUUGAUAUUUCAGUUGUCUUAAUGUGCACUUAUCAUCUGCUUUUUCAGUAUAUGUAGGUGAUUUAUUUAUCAUUCUGAACAGCAUAAAUAACAUGUUCAUGUGUUUCAGAGACAUGGGACUGUCAUUUGUCUUGCUUUAAGUGGAUUAAAUGACUUAUUUUCUGUUUUAGAAUAAGACAAGAUGCAGUCUGCACUUGCAGCAAGUACUUUUAUUUAAUAGCUGGUGAAGACAGUACCAGUAAAUCAAGAUCCAACAGUUUUGCCAAUUGAAAGUAUAAAAAUAAUGUUUCCGUAGGCCUACCUUAGAAAAGAAACUGUUAAAGAAGACCACAGUUCUUACACAUAUAGCACAAAACAACUAGCAAAAUAUUCUGUUAUCAAGGGAACGCAAAUGUACAAUUUUAAGAUCUUACCUCUGUUAGAAUUGAAUUGCUUCAUUAAUUACAGUGAUUAAAUUAUGAUGUACGGUACAGAAAAUUAUAACUUUUAUGUCGUAUUGCUAGAUGCAAACCCAGAGGAGAAAAUCUAUUUCACAGUGGUUUCUCUUUAAUAUCUCAAAGGUUCUCGGUUAUGUUUCAUGUCUCAAAUGUUUUUUGUGUGUUUUAUAAUAA